AGUGAAACCGGGUGCUAUUAAGCCCAGAUGUAGUAAGACGAUGGAACUGGAAGGUUAGCUUUUAAUAGAAAUUUGACCAUCUUACUAAUCCUAAGAUGGAGCUUUCAAAUAAUAUCGCAUUUUCCGUAAUUUUUGUCACUUCAUUCCUUUUCGACAUCACUUCUGCUGGAGAACCUUUAUUUCUAUCUCCACUGAUCAAACAGGGCAAAAUAUCCCAAGCCCAGAAACUAGCAGAGGUUUCACUUCCAGUGCAUGAGGACGUUCUCAUUUCCGAGCAAGAGUUUCCAAAAAGUUACUCGGGAUUUUUGACUGUCAACGAGGAAUUUGGGACGAAUUUAUUCUUCUGGUACUUUCCAGCCAAGAAUAAUAGUGACACAGCCCCCGUUUUAUUUUGGAGUGAUGGUGGACCUGGUGCUACCUUGUUGCAUUCUUUUUUCAAUUUACAUGGACCCCUCAAGUUCAAUCAGGAUAGGAAAUUAGUGCGAAGAAGUGAUAAUGCUACUCUAUUUUCGGAGUUUAAUGUAAUCUAUUUGGAUAAUCCGGCCGGCGUUGGAUUCAGUUUUACGGGAAAUGAGGCUGGCUAUGCCAAAUCAGGAAAGGACACAGCACCAAAUAUUUACCAAUUUUUGCUCCAGUUUUUCCAACUUUUUCCAAAUUUGAAGAAAAAUGAUUUUUAUAAUGGUGGAGCUAGUUAUGGAGGAACUUAUGCGACCCUUAUUGCACAUGAAAUUCACACCCAGAACGAAAAACUGGCUCAGGACGCAGAUGAGCGAAUCAACCUUAAAGGAAUCAUGAUUGACUCGCCAUGGAUUCAUCCUAUCGACCAAGUCGACUAUGGGACUUGGCUGUACAAUUCUGGACUUAUCAGUCGCAAGAGCAAGGAACACUUUGACGAAAAACGGGACGAAAUUAUCGCUUUUCUUAAACAAGGGAAAUAUUUAGAGGCAGGCAAAGCCUGGGUCAGUGUCGCCAUUAUGGACAUCGCAUCUCACACCGGACUUCCUUCAUUUUACGACUACGUUGUUGACCAAGAUCCCGAAAAUGUUGCUUUGCUGUUGCUCAACCACAACUACACGGAACUCGUCACUUCGUCGGCGUUUAGGUCGUCACUGCAUGUCGGAAAUGAUCAGGAAUUUUUCAUGUUUAGUCCUCAAACGCAGGGAAGGAUGUUGGGAAAUUUUAUGCGGUCCGUGAAAGAAGAGUUGGAGGAAUUGUUGGAGACUGGGAAGUAUCGGGUGCUCAUGAUUGCUGGGGAGUUUGACCUCAUCACUGGCUCUACUGGAAUCCAAGAAGUCGCCCUCAACCUACUCUGGUCCGGAGGGGAUGAUUUCCGCUCCCAAGACAAACAAGUUUGGAUGGACCAGAAUCGAUACGCUGGAAAUAUCCAGUCUUCCAAGGAUGGAUUCUUGACCUAUGUCCUAGUCCGAAAUGCGGGUCACGGGGUCGGAAUAAACCAACCCAUCAAAGCGGUCGCAUUAAUGAAGGGAUUUGCCCGUGGAGAAAUCGGCGGUGCUUUUGAUGACCACAGCUUUCCCGAUCUGACAUAUCCGGUCGAUGACGAUCAACAUGCAGCGAAUUCUUUGAAGGAAGAAUUGUAGACAAAAAAAAAUGUUAUGUAAAAUAUGGAUACAACAAUAAAUCAAAAUUAAUAAUUGGGUCAAGGUGAAGAAAAAAGAUGAUUCUUUGUUAAUUUUGUUAAUAAAAAUAAAAUGUCAAUUAUUAUCUCAAAGAGACCAAAAAGAGAUCAACUUUUUAUACGUGAUGGUUUAUUGUCCUUGUUUACAAGUCUACGUUUAUGUCAUCACUCUCAAUUUUUAGUAAUAAGUCAUAAAUGGUACAAAGUUGCACACGGUUUGUGAUUUUUAUUGAGCAAGUAUGUAUCAAAAUUGAUACACUUGUAUUUUUCUGUUAUUUAUUGAGUCUACUUUUUGUAAUAAAACAUGUUACCAAAAUUGUACCAGUAAAAAAUAUGUUGUGGUUGUGACAUGACCAUUUAGAAGUAGUCUGAAUUUGCUCUUUAUGAACUUUUGUGUCAUAAAUAAAGUCACUUUAAUCU